AUGAUCGCCGCGGCGGUGGAGGAGGAGGUGCAUCCGGUGAGGGAGCAGGCGGAGCCGGAGGCAGCAGACACGGACGACGACACCGACACGGAGCGCCUCAUCGCGUCGCUGCCCUUGUUCACCAUGGCGUCAGCGCUGGCGGCGCUGCCGAAGAACUCCCCGGACUGCGCCGUCUGCCUCUCGCCGUUCGAAGCCAGCGCCGAGCUGCGGCUCCUCCCGGCGUGCCGCCACGCGUUCCACGCCGCCUGCAUCGACGCGUGGCUCUGCACCAACCCGGUCUGCCCAAUCUGCCGCAGCGCCGUCUUGUCCCCGCCGCUCCCGCCCCUCCCCGUCGCCGCCACCGCCGCAGGGGACCAGGAUCAUCAGGAGCCGCUCGGCACGCGGGCGAGAAGCAGCAGGAGGAGCUUCCGUGUCGAGCUCGGCAGCGUCAGCAACCGCCGCUCCUCCGCCGCCGCGGGCGGCGGCGACGAGCGGCGCACCUACUCGCUCGGCGGCUCCUUCGACUACCGCGUCGACGAGGAGGUCGAGGCCAUCGUGUUCCGCAUCGUCCGUCCCGCGGCAGCAGCGGCGAGGCCGGCGGCCGCAGCCCCCGACGAAGGUCUGGCGGAGGCGGUGGGGUCCCGCGGGUGGCUAGGCGAGUACCUCGACCGCGUCGCCGCCUCGGCGACGUCCCUUUCCGGGCGGCUGAGCCUUGACCGCCGCCGGCACGACGACGACUCGACACGGUGGGAUCCGGAGGCCACGGCGGUGGCCAAGUCGGCGUCGGCGUUUCUCUCUGGGCGCUGGAGCCAGGGUAACCGGCGCGACGAGCCCUGGGACACGGAGGCGCCACGCCGCGUUGAGGGCGAGGAGGAGCCGGCGCUCGUGGCCCUGAGCCGCUGGAUCUUCGGCUUAAAGCUGUGA